AUGACUUCGGCGUCUACGACGCCUGCCGGGAACGUACUCAUGCAACUUAACCGCGAGACGAUCCUGCGGAACCGGAUGGGCAUGGGAGGAAUGUUGCCAGCCCCACCACCCGGGUUGGCAACGACAGGCAGUGGCACGGGUCCCGACGGUAAUCAGGUCUUAGCGCCCAAUCAGUUGCCGCAACCUCACAACCCGCGGAUGGAUGGCAGGGAGGGCUCUGUCGCUUCGCCGCUCGCUGGGAACGGCAACGUCUUUGGGGUGGACAACUGCGGUGGCUCGGGAGCGUUCGACGCCCAGGUACAGCUCGCACCUGUUGGCACGAGUGCCGCUCUAGGCGAUAUCAUUGCUGGAGCCAUGAACUCUACAAGGACUGCACGGAGCAUCUCCGCAAACGAUUGCAUGGCUGUGAGUUCCGCCAGCUGUGCAUCCGGCAACCUCAGCUCCGCCGUUCCUGCGUUCGCAUCCGGGGCCAACGGAGCCUGCAGCGGUAACCCCACGAAGCCCACGUACGGCCUAGGAGUGGAGGCGACGUUGAGCGAAAUGCAGCAGAUGGCGCUGAUAGGCAGCGGCGGCGGCGGCUGCGUGUACAUUGGGCGGUGGAGAGGUGUCACAGUUGCCAUUAAAUUCAUUGUUAGCAGCAACGACGACCAGCUCACUCGAAGCCAGCGGGAGGCGCUGCUUAGUCGCCUAGCGAGCCACCCGCACGUGGUUCAGACGUACGCAACGAGUGUGACGCAGCUGAAUGAGGCGAUGUUUAAGCCGAAGGGUGGCAUGCCGGGUGACAUGCUUCCCGGCGGUAUGUCCGUCUCGGAGGCUAGCAUCUCCCAUGACCUCCUUGCCGGGCUCACGAGCGGCUCCUGGAUUCGCACCGAGCUUCAAACUGCCAUGAACGGCGGCGGCUCGGAGGCACACGGCGCAAUGGGGGCCAUCUCCCUGCCAACCAUCUUCGAAACUCAACAAUCGUUGACUGGGUCAGGGUCCACGUCCGUGACGACAAGCGCCCGCGGCGGAACUCCUCAUGAUAGUGUCCCGCGGUCCAGCUCAUUGCAGCAGGUCACGGGGUGCGAGAGUGACGGCGCGAUGUCAUCGCCGUCGAUAACGGCAGGGACGCGGGUCGCUGAUGCCGCACCGGCGUCCACCGCGGGACCUUUGCCAGCCGGGCAGGCGGACGCUCCAGCUGCCACUACCGCCGGCGCCAACUCUUCUUGCCAUGCCGGUGACGCCAAGAGCAGCGUGAGCGGCUCACAUCUGCAUCUCCUGCAGGCUGUGCUCCCCAGUAUGGGUACGAAAAUGCCGGGCUCGGUCCCUACCUCGGGUGUUAUGUCGGAAGGUCCGGCGGAGGGCGACCAAGCCGGGGCGAACAGCGGUGAGGGCGGCAACCGGGCAGAGGGCCAUGCCUGCGGCGGAGGCGUCUCCACUGCGGGACAUUUAUUGUCAGAAGGGGAAUCGACAGCGGAGACCACAACAACAGAAGUGGAGGCUCAGCAGCCGGAUGGAGCUGGUGCUGCUGGCGAUGGGGCUGCUGAGGCGGCGUCGGCGACCACGGCGGGAAAACGCGUAGCACUCGGCGGGGCAAUCGGCGGAGGGGCGGACAGCUUCGACUCGUCGUUUGUGCGGGCCCACCUGGGUCGCACCAAGUACUCGAUUCACGAGGUGCUGCUCCAAUUAGGGGCGCGGGAGGGACAGUUCCUCACCAUGGUAAUCAUGGAGUACUGCGACGGCGGUAGCCUGCUCGCGGCCCUCAAGGAGGGUCCGUUCCACCGGGACACCACUUCUUGGAGCCCCCGUAUGUGGUUGAGAUCCACGGUGCGCACGGCGCUGGAAAUCGCACACGGCAUGAAGCACCUGCACCUGUCGGGGCUUGUGCAUGGCGAUCUGAAACCUGGCAACGUGCUCCUUAAGGGAUCGAACCACGACAAGCGCAAGUUUGUCGCCAAGGUGAGCGACCUGGGGAUAGCACAUCCCGUGGGGUCGGCGGACGAGAUGGCAAUUGAUGACGGUCAAAUUGGCUCCAUCGCAUAUAUGGCGCCGGAAGUGUUCCGUGGUCGCAUCAUGAAGGCAUCAGACGUAUACUCCUUCGGGGUAUUGCUCUGGCAAAUGGCGUGCGGGACAGGCUCCGCGCCGUUCGAGGGCGCACAUCCUGUCGCCAUAGCCUUGGGCGUUUCUGAGGGUAAGAUGACAUUGCGGUGGCCGCCGGGCGUAUUCAGGCCUCUGCAGCAGCUUGGGGAGCUCUGCCUACAGACGGAUCCUGUGGCUCGGCCGUCGUUCAAGUCAGUCGUGGGCGCUCUGGAGAAGCUGGAACGCCACAUACGUCGGCUGUCGGCAGCAGCAGGAGCUGGAGUGGGAGGCCUGCGUCGCAAUAAAGACCCCGGGCGUUUAGGUGGCGACUUCAUUUACAUGGACAUGUGCCCCGAUGAGGUUUUCCUUGCUGUGGAGGAGUAUGAUGGCCCUUCCUCAGGGUCAGGUAUGCUGCGUCCUCAGUCGCUGGAAAGCUGGGGCGGCUUCACAUUUCGGCUGCGUUCGCAGGACUUGCGUCCAAGACGGUGGUCCCAGCAAGGGCUUCAUUACUUUCAGAAGCUAACGGUCUUCCAGCCAGAGCUAGGCCCCAAAGCGCCUGAUGGUAGCCGCCACGAAGUCGCUCAAACUCUGGGCCUAAAGCCAUCCUCCCCGGAUGAACCGCUACUUGUAACUCUGUUGAAGGCCUUUAAGUCAGGUUCGUCUGCUCCGGCCACUGGUCCCUCGUCGUCCUCGCGGCCAGCGGAUAACAGCAGCAGUUCGAGGGCACCUCCCCCCGUGCAUGCGUCUGUAGCCACACCCAGUCCGGCCCCAGCUCCAUCGUCCAGCGCGGCUCCAGCCACAGCAUCCAGAGCCAGCGCACCCGCCGCCUCGCUUUCACGCUUGGAGCCGCUCGGCAAGCCGGCUUUGGGACCAUUGCCGCAGCUGGGCUUGGCAAUGCCGAAGCAACCAGACCCAGCGCCACCGCCUGCUACAGGCAAGCCACAGCAGGAGCCAUCGGGAGCAGAUACUGGGUAUGAAGAUGACUUUGAAGAUGUGGAGGACACCGUGGAUGCAUUAGCGACGGGAGACGAUGACGAUGACCUUGCAAGGGCACUGGGUUGCAAGACCACAUCUGGACCCCCGAGCAAAGGCAAGAGCUUUGGCGUCAGUCAAGAGCUUGCUGGGCUGGACGCUGGCAACAGUGGAGGCCUAAGCUAUAGUACGGACUUUCCAGGCGGCGAUGUGCGGGCAUCUCUCUCGUCAAGCCAGGCUAUGCUGUCUCCUAUCAGCGAAGGCACACAGAAGAUAGCAAAGCUAGAACCCCUGCGACCCAUCGGCGCCAGUAAACUGUCGCCCCUAGCUCCACUGGCGCCUCUCCCAUCCUUAUCAACGAGCUUGUCCUCCAGCAAGGAUGACCCGUUGGGGACCAGGGGCCCCAAAUCCCUCGCACCUCUCAGCGCUCCGGUUCGGAAGUCCAUGGUGGACAUUGAGAAAGAAAAGGAGGAGCUACGCAGGCUUGGGCUGCUGCAAUCUGGAGACUCCCUAACGAACAGCAUCGAGGUUGAGGCUCGGCCGCGGCCUGCGGGCGCGCCGUCCAAUAUUUACGACGCGGAGAUGUCCGUGAGCGCAAGCAUGGACGACGGAGCCUGGGGCGGAGGAGGCGGUGGCAGUGCUGCGCGUGAUGACAAGUUGCCAGCCUUCAGCGUCAGCAAGGGCAUCAGCAUGGACUUGGGGGCCACAGGGUUGUCGGCAUCAGAUCGUUCCGGUGACAUCGAACACAUGGGGGUUGACUUCGCAGAGACUGCGGAAUGGCACUGA